AUGACGAACGAAGAACGACGCACCGACGAUGAUGACCGUGAGAAUCCCUCGACGGCGGCGGUGGCAGAAGAGCUCGAACAGCUGACUGUGGCCCAGUCGAACCUUCAGUACAUCCAACCGACCUCCCUAGCGCUGGUCAGCGAGAAGCAGUGGAGCGUAAGGGAUGGAAAAUCAUCAUCAACCUCCGGUGCGGUCUACUCGGCGAACAACACCACCAUGAUCUUGGCCCAGAAAGCCCACUCGAAUGGAGCCCGAAUGCAGCUGAUCAGUAGCAUUCUGGCGAACCUGACCGUGCUCUCGUCUGGUAUGGGACUGGGUUACUCGGCCAUCACGCUGCAUGCGCUCACCAGCGAGGACAACCCGUUGCGCAUGAACUCAAGUCAAGCGUCGUGGUUCGCUUCCAUCAGUUCUAUCGCGUGCCCGCUGGGUGGACUCAUCUCCGGAUACCUGCUGGAUCGGAUAGGCCGUAAGAAAACACUGAUGUUGAUCAACGUGCUUUCCAUCGUGUCGUGGUCGCUGAUAGCCGUAUGCAGUAUGACUAACUUUGACCAGAUGUACACACAGAUCCUAAUUGCCCGUGUCAUCAUAGGUAUUGUCAUUGGCCUGGUUAGUGCACCGGCCUCCAUCUACUCGGCGGAAAUUGCCACCCCAAAGAUGCGCGGUCGUCUGACCGUGCUCACCUCGUUGAUGAUCGCCGUCGGCAUCCUUCUCAUCUACUCAAUGGGUUACGCGGUGCCUCACAACUUCCGGCUGGUGGCGGGAAUGGCUGCAGCGAUCUGCGUCGGGUCGUUGCUCUUGUUGUUCGCCAUGCCGGAAUCGCCCGCCUGGUUGAUGUCGAAGGAGCGUGAGGAGGAAGCAGAACGAUCGCUGAAGCGGAUCCGAGGAUAUGGCGCGUACCGCCAGCGUAUCCCUGAGGUGGACAAGGAGCUGAUGCGGUUGCGCGAAAACGUCCAAGCGCAACGCCGAGCCGGCCGGGAGAGCUUUCUUCGGUUGCUGAGACAACCCCAGGUUUACAAACCGCUCGGUGUCAUCAUCGGAUUCUUUGGCUUCCAGCAAUUUUCCGGUAUUUUCGUGAUCGUCGUGUACGCCGCCAAGGUGUCCUCCGAGGCGAGCGUGUCGAUGGAUCCGUUUCUGUGCACGGUACUGAUUGGAAUAACUCGCGUCGUAGCGACGCUGCUUGUGGCGUACAUCCUUGACACCCUCGGUCGCAAACCACCCUCGAUCUUCUCCGGCGUGGGCAUGUUGGUGUGCAUGUUUGGGCUGGCGCUCUGCAGUUACUUCCCACCGAUCGAAGCGUUACACUGGAUUCCAACGGCCCUCAUUCUAACGUACAUCUUUACCAGCACGCUCGGAUUUCUCACCAUGCCCUUCUCGAUGCUGGCCGAACUGUUCCCACAGUCGGUCCGGGGUCCUGCGUCGGGCAUCACCGUGUUCUUCACCUACCUGAUGUCGUUCUUCACGAUCAAGCUCUACCCUACGAUGGUGGAGCUCGUUGGCAGUGCGAAUGUGUUCAUCAUCUUCGGGGUUGUGUCCUUCCUAGGCGUGCUGUACGUUAUCUACGUAGUUCCCGAAACCAAAGGCAAGUCGCUGCAGGAGAUUGAGGACUACUUCCGCGGAAUGUCCCACGGUUCGACGCCCUCGCAGGAGGUGGAAGAAGACGAAGUGAGCAAUCUCUCAUCGGAGUGCGUUUGA